AAGGGGGCUUUGUUGAAAUGUUUUCCCAAACCUCUUCCUCCCUCACAUUUCCUUGGCUAUCCACGCCUUUCCCUUACAAUCACACCUCCAUAUUUUUUUUGGAAAAGCCAUUCCCCAGGCAAGACAAUAUAAAAAGCCUGACAGGAUUAAAAUGUGCAGAUUCAUUUUGUUGUCUCUCUCUAAGUGUGUGAGAGAAAAAGAGGUCAAGGACAACAUGGAUGGGACAGUGGUGCUGUGGUUCAUCAUUUGUGCUGCUUCUGCUACUGCAGCACAUAGAAGCAGUAGUGAGUACACCAGGUAUGGGCAACUGGAGAGGAGACACCGUUUCCCAGUAACAGCUUCUGUGGGUACAACUGGGAAACCCCACCCAGGAAGCACCAGGUGUCUGGUGAACGGACUUGUCCUGUUCAGCGGGGCAGUGUGGUUUAGUCAUCCCUGCUCUGAAUGCAAGUGCCUCAGAGGAGCUGUGAGCUGCCGCCCAGUCUUCUGUAAUAAUACCGCGCACAGGCAGAGACAGCUGACCCAAGACCAGAGGCAUAAUAAGGAAAACAUGAAAACCACAAAGUCAACUUACAAGAAGAAAAUGUCUGGGCUGAGAGUAGAAGAGACUAAUUACAGGAAACCUGGGACUGUGCUGAAGAAGAUUGUGCCCAAGGUCAACGUGAACCCGAUAGUUAUCCCAAGAAGGCCGAAGGAGAUUGUUGUUGAUAUGAGGAAGGUAAAGAAGACAGACAAUACCCUGAGAAGAAGAGGGCCAACACUCAAGGAAAUUAAGAAAUAUAGAGUUGAAAAGAAGCUUUUUUUGGACAGUGACGAUGACGAUGACGAUGACAGCGAUGGUAAAGAAGACGAUGACAACGAUGACGAUUUUCCUGCUGGAAACAUGGCAGCUUUUCGUCCUAUAAUUCAUCCUGCCUUUCGCCCCGUCCCCCGUGCCACCUAUAGAAAUGGUGUCAUGGAAUACCUUCCUGCUGGGUGCCUGCUAUCUGAGUCCAUGAUUGCCUGCGGGAAUGCCGGUCUGACAUACUGGCCUGUCAUCACAGACCUGAGCAUUAAAAAACUCUAUCUGGCAGAAAACAAAAUCAGGAAUAUUCCUCCUCGGGGCCUAGCUGGACUGCCCAACUUGGAGUGGCUGGAUCUCAGCAAAAAUAAGCUGGAUGACUCUUCAGUGACCCCAGACUUAUUCAGGAAUCUAACCAAACUGAAGAGGCUGAAUUUGGAUGGGAACAAUCUUACCAAGAUUCCGUUUCUACCACCAUCUCUGGAGGAGCUCAAAAUUAAUGACAACAAAAUCAGCAUCCUCACACCCUACAGUUUUAAAGGUCUGUCCAAACUGCUGACUCUGGAUCUGGAGGACAAUAACCUUCGCGAUGGGAAUGUAUCACCGCUUGCCUUCAGGCCGCUGCAGAAGCUGAUCUACCUGCGUCUGGAGGAGAACAAGCUUCGCACUGUCCCCUCAGGCCUGCCCUCGUCCUUGCAGGAGCUGAACCUCUCAGAGAACCAGGUUGAGGUGAUUGAUGAAAGGGUCUUCAACAAAACAGUCCAUCUGAAAGUUCUGGACCUCAGCCACAAUCAUAUUCGGGAAGACCGCAUCGCCCCAAGGGCAUGGAUGUACCUGCUUGAACUUGUGGCCCUGGACCUGUCCCACAACAGGCUGGUACAUGUACCCUCCUUCCUGCCUCCUGCCUUGCUGCAUCUCUCACUGCACCAUAACCAGAUUGAACGCAUUCCUGGUUAUGCAUUUCGUCACCUGCGGCCUGGCCUAGAGUCCUUGCGACUGUCCCACAACCACCUGGUGGACCAGGGUGUGCACGCCACGUCCUUCCAGGGGCUCCACAGCUCACUCAGCGAGCUCCUGUUGGACCACAACCUACUGCGGUCUGUGCCCCAAGGUCUCCCUCAGCUGAGAGCUCUGGAGAUGCUGAGACUGGACCACAACUUCAUAAGGAAAAUUCCCCUGAAUUCUAUUUGUGACACGCGCAGCAGAGAAGACUCCGCCCUGGUUUCAGUUCACCUGGAGAAUAACCUGAUUGAUCGUCGCCUCAUCCCCCCCAUGGCAUUUUCUUGCUUGAAGAACUACCACAGUGUUCAGCUAUGGCCCCAGCACCAUGAUCGAAACUAGACCCCAACAUCCCUCCAUCAUUGUACCAUUGUAUUUGGUUUCCAUAGUGUAGUGAUUAUCAUUCACCUCACUGAUUUCAAAAUCAAGUGGAAACACACCUUCCAGAAUUUCAUUCAGGGAUUAAUAAUUUUAUUAACCUUCAGUGCUCUCACUGCCUACUAGUGACUCCUUUGGAUUACCUAAAACAUAUCUGUUCUUCUCUUUGUCUUUCAGCCACAGUCUUCUUUGCUUUUUACUUAGAUUUCCAGAUAAAAAUAAGUUUGGGGUUGUGCUGCAGUCUGUGCUUUAGGGUUUAUUGUCGACUGCAACAAGUAUUUUAUUUUGCUUAAAAACGCAUUUGCCGUCAAACAGCGACAUGAGAAUUAAAGAAAGCAUUUGUAUUUAAAAUGAAGCGUAAUAAACUGGAAAAUUCAUCCAUCCAUUUUCUGGACCUGUUUGUCCUAUGAAGAGUUGAGGAGCAUAUCCUGGAAAUAACAGGCACAAUGCAGGGAAUGACCUAGGAUGGGGUGCCAACCCGUCACAGGGUACUCACACUUACAGGCAAUUUGGCACUUCCAAUUCACCCUAACAUGUUUUUGGACUGCGGGGAGAAACCAGAAAACCUAGAGGAAACCCCAUAAUAACACAGGGAGAGCAUGCAAACUCCACACACAAUUUAGCCAGGACGAAGACUCGAACCCUAGUCUUUAGAGGUGUGGCCCAACAGCACUAAAAACUACACCAUUCGAACCACAAAUCAUUAAAAUGAAUUUUAAGACCUACAUAUUACAACAAGGACUCAUUCAGGUAAAAACUCAUUUAUUAACUGUUUCAUGUCAUCCAUCCAAGUACUUCUAGAAAUUGUACAAGUUCAUGAGUGUGGAACGAGUACAAAUUAAUUGGGCACACCAAAUAACAGCAUUGUCUGGAAAAUUCAAUGCUGUCAUUUACGACAGCACCAAAUCUAAUAUUUUUCCCUGUUCCUCAUUCUUGAUAAGUACAGGUCUUCAAAAUGGGGGAACUGGGAACCAAUGAUAAUUUCUGCACAAUUUACUGUUAUCCCUGCUUAGAGUGUGAUCAUGCAGAGCCAAACCAGACAGAAAUGCAGAAAUAUUAAAUUACAUUUAAUUUAUCAUGACACAGCAUAAUAAGAAAACUUACCGUAAAUGUUUGUUUAACUAUAUUUUUUACCUCUUCUAAUUGUGUGUCACUCGUCCACACAAAACAUAGCCUUAAACAAUUUUUCCAUAUUAUUCUAUUCUCGACUAAAUGUUUUUUAAUCGUUUAAAUAACAGGUGUUGCCAGCCACAGCCACACCUUACAAAUCUGCCAAAUACCCCCCUAAAUACCCCCCUCAGUGGAACCAACCCCUAGGCUCAGGGUCUUUCAGUCCCCCCCAAUCAUCACUCAUUUUACCCCAUAGGGAGACGCCCAAGAACAGUAACAGAAGAAACCAUUUACAGUAAAACUACACCCCAUUCCCAAGACCGGCUUGCUACAAUAUGAUACUGUGUGUUUUACACCUUUUAUUUUAACCUUUACUACCAUAGUUCAUCAUCCUUUGCUUGACGUUGUGUAUUAACAUUUGUAUGUCAAGCAAAUGCACUAUGAAGAUAACUAUAUCCUCAAAUUCAUCAUAAGUGUCUUCAAGUCACGGUUUGUGGAUUUCUUUACAACCACACAUACAAAGUUCCUCUUGAAAACAGUGUUGGCUCUACAAUUAUGCUAAAUCACAGUUACACCAAAAGAUGAUGAGUCAUAGUGGAAAUGGAUGCUGUUGAAAAUAAACUAUAUUAUUAUAAAUUUUUCUGGUGAUUAUAUGCCAAGUGAACUCAAUCCUAUUUAUGUUAAAUUAUAUCACUAGCUUUUAUCAAUUCCAAACCCUACUUCUAAUUGAUACAGAAUGUCAAUCCAUUACAUAUUUUAUGAACAUAUAACUGUGAAGGAUAUGUGUCCUGGCCUGUGUAUGACAGCCAACAGGUAACCCAGUACUGUAUGAAAAUAUGAGUAGCUAGCAACUCCUGCACUGUUUAACACUUUAACACUGUUUCAUCCAUCCUAAAUGAUUACCCAGGUCAUAGCUGUCUGGAGCCAAUCCCAGACAGCAUAAGGCACAAGGCUGGAGUAUUCUGUGGGUGGGAUUCUCAUCCACUGCAGGGAACAUACAAUCAUGCCCACAGUCCUACUCUGGUGUUAAUGUAGAGAUACCAGUUAGCCUAACUGAACAACUUUUGGAUUGCAAGAGGAAAUGCAAUAUAGGGAAAA